AUGGCAAGGAGCACGGAUAUGGAUCGGCUAGAUGCCGAUAUAGAGCUUCAAAAUCAAACAUCAAGAAGGAACUCGUUCCAAUUAGAAGAAUUGAACAACUUUGCUAUCGACGAUGAUGAUGCAGAUCUUGUAUAUCAUCCAAAUUCCCAUAAUCGAUUGAACAAUGUCACUGGUGACUUAUCGGGGAUAUCCUUUUAUCAUAGAAUUCAUCAUUUUCUGAGUCAACCCAAGACUAGAAGAAAGAUAUCAAUUCUUGGUAUAAUACUUUUCAUCGUGUGGAUUGUGCUCUUGGUCACUUUCGCGCACAGUGGAGCUUUUCAAAAUGGUAAUAAGACGGUUUAUCCUGGUCAAAAUUCGACCUCGUCUGAGUCAACAGACGAAUCUGCGCUAAAAGACCCGCAGGAACGCAUACCGAUGACAUUACAAGAUAGCAGGACUGGGACUUUCUCAGUUUUUUCUUAUGAUCUUGAGUUUGUUGGUAUCCCAGGUUUGAGCUAUGAGGAAGACCAAGGAUACUACUUGCAUCGCUCAGGCUCGUACCAUUUCCUCAAAAAGGCGUCUGAUAGUGAAUUCAACAAGAAGCUGUACGAUAAGCCGGAGGUUGAAUACAAUGGCCGAUCGUAUAGAUUCUCUCUUGUAUCCUUAAAUUCGGACCUCAACAAAGCCCUGCUGGUGUCCGAAGCUGAGCCACAAUGGAGAUAUUCAAGCUAUGGUGUUUAUUGGAUUCUGGACACUGAUUCGGGAGCCAUCACUCCUGUGUUUGAAAAGGACAAUAAGCUUCCAAAAAUCAGUUUUGCUGAGUUUUCUCCACGAGGUAGGUAUGUGAUAUUUGUGUUCGAAAACAACAUCUAUUUAUUGGAUCUCAAAACAAGGGAACAAACACAGAUCACAAAUGAUGGCAGCUCUUCAAUUUUGAACGGUAAACCCGAUUGGGUGUAUGAGGAAGAAGUUCUUUCCAGUGACCGUGCAAUUUCCUGGUGUCAAGAUGAAAGCCAUUUCUCCUUUAUCAAGUUUGAUGAUACGGAUGUUCCUGUUCAUGACCUUGAAUUUUUCAGGGACAGUACGUAUCCUGUGACUGAGAAGUUGAAAUAUCCAAAACCAGGAUACAAUAAUCCAAUUGUGUCUGUGUACGUUUAUUCAUUGAAAGACAAAAGUACGCAGGAGGUUUCACAUGAUAAUUCUCGUCUCGGCUCUGAUUACGUGGUGUACCAGAUGGCCUGGAGUGACGGAGAAAAACUUCUAAUCAAAGAAACUGACAGGACCAGCAGACUUGUUGACAUCAGAGUUUAUGAUAGCGAGAACAAAAAGUCCACAGUUGUACGCUCAUUUGAUACAAAGGAGUAUGAUGGAUGGUACACCAACAACGGAGAUAUAUUUGUUGUGCCAGGAGGGGGUUACAUUGAUACUGUGGUUUAUAACCACCACGAUCAUCUAGCUUACUUUAGGUCUGCCAUAGAUUCUGAGCCUAAAAUGAUAACCAAGGGUGACUGGGAUGUUAUUGACGGUGUAGCCGGUUACAACCCAACGAACAAACUACUUUACUUUAUUGGUACAGCGGGAAAUGCUCUCGAAAGACAUAUUUUUUCGGUCAAGCUUGAUGGCGAGGACCUCAAAAAUCUCACCAAUACCGAGAAUGUCAGCACUUAUCGACUUUCCGUCUCAAGUGGAGGAAAAUAUGGUUUUGUGCAGUACAAAGGACCUGCUCUGCCAACAGAUAAAAUCAUUGAAAUGGAAAACUUCACAGAGGAUAAAGAAGAGUAUGCUCAAUCCAAGAAUUUAAACACAGCAAGUAUGGUCGAAGAAGCUCUGAAGCGCUAUCAGGUGCCAUCCAAGGAGUACAAGACUGUUACUCUUGAGGAUGGUACCAAAAUAGAUGUUAUAGAAGUCAAACCAUUCGACUUCAACCCGGAAAACAAGUAUCCGUUGCUUGUUAGUGUUUACGGAGGCCCUGGGGCGCAAAAACUGUCAUCGCUCUUCAACUAUGGCUUUGAGGAGGUGCUAGUUUCAAAUCUGGAAGUUGUUGUCUGGUACAUUGAUCCUAGGGGAACAGGAGGCAGAGGAUGGAAAUACAAAUCAUUCGCAAAAGACAAAAUAGGCUAUUGGGAACCGCGGGACAUUGUCGAAGCCACCCAACGACUCAUUGAGACAACUGAUUACAUAGAUAUGGAUUUGACAGCCAUCUGGGGAUGGUCAUAUGGUGGCUUCACCACUUUGAAGACGCUGGAGUACGACUCUGGCACCACUUUCAAAUACGGUAUGGCCGUUGCGCCUGUGACCAACUGGUUGCUCUACGACUCGAUCUACACAGAGCGGUACAUGGGCAAACCCGCAGACAAUGAGAACUACCAGAGCAUGUCGAAAAUUAGUGAUGUGGACAAGUUCAAGCAAGUCACUAGAUUCCUCAUCAUGCACGGUACAGCCGACGAUAACGUGCAUUUCCAAAAUACGCUGCAACUUCUUGAUGCGUUCGAUAAAAAAGGGGUUGAGAACUACGAUAUGCAUGUCUUUCCAGAUUCGAACCAUAAUAUCAAUCAUAAUAACGCCAAUAAGAUUGUUUAUGAUAAGCUCUUCAAAUGGUUGGAAGCAGCUUUUGAGAAGAAAUGGGUGAACUUUUGA